UUGAUAAAGGGCUGGAUUUCGGCUCUUUCUGCUCAACUGGAUAGAUCUCUUCCUGCAUCUGCUAAGGGCCAUCUCUAGGAUUUGUCCUAAGGUUCUUCAUCCUCUUCCCCCGUGGGAUCUUCUUUUAGUCUUGAGAGAACUCUGUGUAUCUCCAUAUGAGCCUAUUUAAGAUUGCCCCAUCAAAUGUCUGUCUUUUAAGACAUCUUCCUAGUGGCUAUCAUGUCAGCCAGGAGGAUUGGAGAAGGUGCUAUAAUCUAAAAAGCCUUAUAUUUAAUUUCUACCAGACUGAGUGGUAUUAAUAACCCUGCUCUUUUUCAGACCUAAGGUUGCUACAGCUGCUAAUAUUAAUCAGGACAUUGUGCUGCUAAAUAUUAAUCAAGAGGCUCAGCUCGGGAUAGCCAACUUCUUCUGCUAGAAGUGGGCAGAGCAUUAAAGAUCUACCUUUUCCUUCAGAAAAGGAUGACAAUCUCUUCAUCAGAUUUGCUGGGAAGAAGAAAGGUCUGAAAGCUUCUAAACCUAUUUCCCACUGGAUCAGAGAAGCUAUACAGGUGGCCUAUAGUAAAGAUGAUAUUAUGCCAGAUAAGGCUCAUACAACUCGGAAAGUAUUGACUUCCUUGGCCGAGGUUGCAGGAGUUUCCAUGGAGAAUAUUUAUCGGAUGGAAACAUGGAGUAAUCCAAACACUUCUGUCAAACAUUACAGCGUAGACAUCUUAGCCUCCCAGGAAGCCUCCUUUGGCAGUAGUAAUUUUGGCGCCGCCAGUGUUAUUGUAGGACACCCGCUGGACACAGUUAAGGCUCGCCUACAAGUUGGAAAAGGUUACGGGAAUACAUUUAAUUGCAUUUUUACUAUUUACAAGAAUGAAAAUGUUGCUGGGUUCUUUAAAGGAAUGUCUUUCCCGCUGGCCAGUAUUGCAGUCUACAACUCUGUGGUAUUUGGUGUUUUCAGCAACACUCUGAGCCUGCUUAGCCAGUAUCGGGAUAAGAGCCCUCGCCAGUCUCCAGACCUAUUUGACCUGACUGUUGCAAGCAUGUUAUCGGGGUGCAUUUCUGUAGGGAUCGGAGGACCUGUUGACUUGGUAAAGAUAAGGCUGCAAAUGCAAACCCAAGAAAUCAUUACGGGAAGAAGAUCACUAAACCAGACACAAGUGCCACAUAAAUGGCAUGCAGUGUACAAUGGCCCAGCACAUUGUAUGAGUUGUAUCUUAAGGCAAGAAGGCAUUGCAGGGAUGUACCGGGGGGCUGGCGCUAUGCUCCUUAGAGACAUUCCUGGCUACUGUUUAUACUUUAUCCCUUACACGUUUCUAUGUGAAUGGAUUACUUCAGACCAGCACAGAGCACCGAGUUCCUUUUGUGUUUGGAUAGCUGGUGGGCUGGCAGGGGCAUUAUCAUGGGGCACAGCAACGCCCAUGGAUGUAGUAAAAAGUCGUCUUCAAGCAGAUGGUGUUCAUUCCACUAAUUAUAAAGGGGUCACAGACUGUAUUACCCAAAGUUACCAGAAGGAAGGUAUUAGGGUUUUUUUUAAGGGCAUCACAGUUAACACAGUAAGGGGAUUUCCAAUGAGUGCGGCCAUGUUUCUCACAUAUGAACUUACACGUAAAGCUAUGAAAAGGACCAACAUGGAAUGAGACCGAUAAACAACAGGUCUCUCUGAAAAAUACUUCUCUGCUCUAAGAAGUGGGGGGCUAGAAUGGAAUGAGUUCUUAUAACUGAGUGAUUCCGAACAAACACCCUCAGCUGGUGAUCUGCAAAGAGGAAUUACUUGAGCGAUGCCCCCAUUUAUCUUGGAUCCAAGAAGAGUGGGGAAGGGUGAAGCCUCAGGACAAAGAUGAGCUGCUUGAAGACAUUUCCUACUUAUUGAUGAAAGGAAAGACUAUUUCACUGGGGGGUCCCGAAAUGAUAGACACCUGCCCACCGAAAUAAAUUGCUAUUUUCCAUGACCUAUUGCCCAAUCUUUAGAAAAAUUAAGAGGAAUGGAACUGCAACAGGUGUCAUUUUGUUUUUAUUUUUGAUCACAGCAGUUAUCCAGCAUUCAAACCAUGGAUUUUGUUUAAUACAAGCCCUUUAAUACACUUCUCUCACAACUGUUCAGUUUAUUAAAGUUAAUAUAUGAUAUGGGUGAAAGUAGCAUAUAGCAUCUGUUAUUCAACUCUGCCAGUUGGAUAUUGAUUAAAAAUUAUUUUAGAGUUAUUUAUAAAUGUAAUUCAAAAAAGUAUUUGCCAAUAUCUGUACUGGAGGUAUUGGGAGUGUGUCAAACUGUGUUGUAUGUGGUAGCAAGUAUCUACCCCAGCAAUGCUUCCCCCACCUUAGCGGCAGCGUGUAUAUCAACAGUCGAAUCAGUGGGGCCCGGUGCGACCAAGUAUUGUGUUUAGUGAUGAGCGAAUAUGUCCCGUUACGAAAACGGCGAAAAAUCCAUGAAACGCGUUUGACGCUCGACUUUUUUGUUGCGCACGUCUUCUUUUGUCGCCUGCGUCCUCCUCCUUUGAGGAGGUUUUGAGAAACAUUUUGCCAAUGACGAAAUGCGAAAAUUUGAUGCGAAUCCAUAUCUGGCGAAAAAAAUCGCUCAUUACUAGUUCUGUUUAUCACAAUACAUACAUGCUUAUAAAUUGUAUUAGUUUUAAUCAAAUGGUACAGUCUACAAUCACUUUGUAUAAAGGGGGCAGAGCUCCACCUCCCUCUGCAAUAUCAGAAGGGAAAUGUGUCUUUUAAUGUCUUUUACAUAUAAAGUUUGUAUCUGUUUAUCCAGCACUUACAAAUAAACGUUUUCUUAGCAACCA